AUGAGCACGGAAACGCUCGCUGCUCCUCCACCAACUGUUUCCGGUUCUAACGCCGCCAGCCAGAAAACGCCAGCGAUGGAAUUCGAAGAGCGGCUCAGGCGCAUGUGUGAUCGCGCCAGGCAGAUUGACGAGGCGGCGGGGAAAGGCCUGUCUGAAGGCGAGAGGCAGCAAUGCCUGGAGGAGCAGAGGGAGGAGCUGGCGCGCCUCUGCGCCCAGCUGGACGCCACGUGGCAGCAGCAGAGUGGCCUGGUCGUGCUGUACACGUGGGCAGCGUGGCUUGGCGAGGAGACGCUGGGAUGCCUUGGGAUUGGUCAGGAUCUGAAGCUUGCGGGUGGGGAAGGAUGGGGCGGAUCGGGGGGAGCAGCAGACGGAGGAGAAGGAGGGGAAGAAGCAUCAGCAUCAGCAUCAUCAUCAGCAACAGCAGCAGCAGCAGCCGCUGCUGCCUCAUUGUCAUGCUCAUGCCAAGACGCACCAGCGGGUGUGGGUGUGAGUGUGGGUGUGGGUGUGGGAGCAGGCGUAGGAGGAUACUGCAGGGCAGUGUACGAGGGCAUGUCGCUGCAGGACGAUCUAGCUCUCCUGAAGCGGUGGAGCAAGGAGAUGGACGACCGGGUGUUCCGCGCGUCCCUCCACGCGUGCUCCAUCUGCUUCUCAGAAAAGCCCGGCUCCGAGUGUGUGCGUGCGGCGUGCACCCAUGCCUUUUGCUCUGCGUGCAUGAGGGCGUUUGCAGAGGCGCACGUAACGGAGGGCAAUCUGCAGGCGCUCAAGUGCCCUGACACCAAGUGCCGCGCUCCCCUCUCCUACGAUCUCCUGCGCACACUCCUCCCUGCUGACCUUUUCUCUCGCUGGGAGCAGCUCACUCUCCAGCGCUCCCUAGACGCCAUGCCAGACAUUGCCUUCUGCCCGCGCUGCUCCCAGCCGGCAGUGGAGGACCCAUCAGACCACCACGCGCUGUGCCCCGGGUGCUUCUUCUCCUUCUGUGGCAUGUGCCGUGAGGGCUUUCACCGGGGCAGGAGCUGCAUCACUCCCGAGCUAGCACUCAAACUCAUGAAGCUGCGGAAGCAGGAGCGGGCGCUGGCAGAGGAAGAGCUGAGGAAGCAGAAGGACCUUGAGCAACAAGUACUUAGCCUCAAGUUGGUGGAGGAGUCGAGCGUGCCAUGCCCCGUGUGCAGCACGGCCAUCAGCAGGAGCGAGGGGUGCAACAAGAUGAUCUGCCCCACCUGCAACGCCUUCUUCUGCUACCGCUGCCACGCGCGCAUCGACGGUUACGACCACUUCACGGAGGGCAAGUGUGUGCUGUUUGAGGCGGCGGAGAUAGAGCUGUGGGAGAUGCAGAUGGCAGCCUUGGCUGGAGCACAGCGCCGCAACCAUCGAGCCGCGCCGGCGCCGGCACCGCCCAUCGGAGCGGAUGGCAGGCCGCUGCUUGCGAGGCGCUGCCCCAAUUGCCCCAUAGUCGCAGCCGCCUCCGCCCAUGCGCGGUGGUUGCAGGACGUCUCCGCUCCUCCCCCUCCCCCCAUUGUCGCUCCUCCGCCUCCCCUUGUCACGGUUUCUCCCCCUCCGCCUGUCGCCUCCGCUUCGACCGCUUCUCCUCCACCGCCCGACUCCUCCUCCCCUCCGCCACCUACCACCUCCCCUCCGCCUCCUACCCUCUCCCCUCCCCCGCCCACUACCUCCCCAUCUCCUCCGCUCUCCCCUCCUCCUUCACCUCCUUCGUCCCCCCCUCCCUCACCGCCGCUCCCUCCACCUCCCACCCCCCCUUCUCCCCCACCCUCCCCUCCCCCGACUCCUCCCCCUCCCCCUUCCCCGCCUCCGCCGCCUCCCCCGCUGGGAACUUGCCCCACACCGUUCACAGUCGGCGCGCGCUGCACCAACUGCACCACGGCCGGCGGCUGUAUCUGCGACUCGUUCGGCGUGUGCCGGCCGACCUGCAGCUACGUGCCAGGCGUCGACUACAAAUCGCCCACGUGGCGGCGCGCGUGCAACACGUGCCCGAGCAAGCGCCUCGGCGUACCGAACGCGCGGUGCGCGUGCGACAUCAACGGCAGCCAGCAGUGCGUGGAUUUCUGUGCGCUCCCGGAGAACAACAACGGCGUGACGCCGUGCGUGGGGUGCAAGAACGCGACGGGCAACGGGUGCGUGUGCGGGCGCGGCCAGUGCGUCGACGCGUGCAGCACCGCCAAUCCCAUGUCGGCGCUCGUCAGAGGAGCACCCUGCACCGUCGGAUGCUCAGCCAAGGCGGGCAAGGACGGGUGCGUGUGUUCGCCGUCCAAGGGCAAGUGCGUGCCGUUCUGCAACGAGAAGGACGGCUUUAAGUGCUCCAACUCCGACUCCGGCGAAGGCUACUGCCGCGCGGGGCUCUGCUACGACAUCUGCGCCAUCGCCAAGCCCGGCACGGUUUGCCGCACGUGCAACACGACGAAAGGCGGUUCGUGCGUCUGCGGCUCGUCGGGCAAGUGCGAGCCCGACCUCUCGUGCACGGGACCUUCUCCCGUUCCGCUCGUCCUCAGCUCGUCGAACGCGUACCCCUGCACCUCGUGCCCUAACGCGUAUUAUUAUCCCGUUAAUAACAUCAACGUGGUGACUGCGCCGGGGUGUAGAUGCGCUGGUAAAGGGAAAUGCGUGGAGCCUUGUAACGGGGGGUUGGCGGAAGGAGCGGUUUGUAGCGGUGGAGCGGCGUGCGCGGAUAACACGAACGGGUGCAGGUGUACGCAAGGGCGGUGUAGACCGUUUUGCGAGCUGCCGACUAACGAGGGAGCUGCUUGCGGGGAUAUGUUUUCGCAGCAGGGGACGUGCGUUGGUGGCAAGUGCGUGCCGCGGUGUAGCGUGGCGGGAAGCGACGGGCUGCAAUGCAGUUACAACUGUACAAGCCAAGUGUGCUUAUGUUCUGCUGGUCAGUGCAAACCGCAGUGUCAACUACCCAGUGCCGAAGGAGGAGAGUGUUUCGACGGGUGUGACAGCGGAGGGCCAUGCAGCAGUGGGUUCACAGUGGGCCCCACGCACCGGCCGUGCACCAAGGGGCUGUGGAUCUGGAGCUCGCCAGUUAAAGUCACAGCUCCGGACGGAUCGUCGUACCACCUGCUGCUGCUGGACUCAGAGGGCAUUGACGCCUACGAUCAGACGGGCACGUACAGCACGCAGAUCUUCUCGCUGGCGGUGCUGUUGUCGUCCCUGUUCGUGUACAACCAGAUGGGUGGCAUCGAUGAGUCGUCGCUGGACCGCCUGUCCAUGGUCACUGAGAUGGCCAAGCACAUCCAAGUGCGCGCCAACUCCGCCUCUUCUGCUGCACAAGGAGGAGGAGGAGCAGGAGGAGCAGCGGGAGCAGCGGGGUCGUCUUCUACGACGCAGGAGCUGGGGCUGUUCUCUCCGGUGUUCUUCUGGCUGCUGAGAGUAAGUUUCUGUGGUCACAGUAAGGACUUUUACUUUGACCUCACGGAGGAUGGCCGGGUGAUAACCCCGCGGGACUAUCUCGAGACGGCGUUGCAGUCCAUGGCGGAGGGCUCUGAGUCCGCACGGGCCAAGAACCAGAUCCGCGAGUCCAUCCGCUCGCUCUUCCCCGACCGUGAUUGCUUCGCUCUCGUUCGCCCCAUCAGCAACGAACGCUUGCUGCAGAAGCUCGACCACCUGCCCAUGGACCAGCUCCGUCCAGAGUUCAAGCAGGGGUUAGAUGCCUUCACCCAGGCGGUGUUUGCGCGCGCUCGCCCCAAGAGGGUGGGCGGCACAGUCAUGACGGGGCCAAUGCUGGCUGGGCUCACUCAGACGUAUAUCCAGGCACUCAAUAACGGGGCUGUGCCCACCAUUCUCAACUCCUGGCUGAGUGUGGAGGAAACAGAGUGUCGCAGGGCGUUUGAGGCGGCACUGGAGGCAUAUAGCAGAGCAUUUGGCAGCCCCGCUUCUGCUGAUGAGGACGACCUGAGGGCUCACCACAGGGCAGCACUGCAAGCAGCAGAGGCGGCUUUCAGGGAGGAGGCGGUGGGGGAGGGGCAGGCCAGACACAAGUACGAGGAGAAGCUCAGGGAGGAGGCUGGGAAGAGGUUCGAGGAUGUGCUAAAGCGAGUGGCAGCAGAGGCGGAGGACAUGUUGAAGCGUGUUGCAGCAGAGGCGAAAGAUGUGCUAAAGCGGGUGGCAGCAGAGGCAGAAGUGAGGUGCAAGCGGUAUCUCGAUGCACUAGAGGCCAAGGUCAAGGGGCUCGCCAGGGGGCCUCCGCGGGCGGCGACUGCUGAUGUGGUGCACGCGCUGAUUGCUGAGCUGGCGGCGUACGAGUCGUCCAUGUCGGGCGCUGCCAAGUGGCGCUGCUUGUCAGCGUUCCUCGUUGCCAGUAUGCGCGGGCUUGUUUUGGAUUCGGCUGAAAAGGAGGUCGCCGAAGCAAGGCAGCAAGCCUCGUCUGCACUCAAGGACAAGCAGGCCGCUGAGGCUCGGGCCUCCGCCGAGGCUGCGGCCGCGGCUCGGGAGGCCGCCGCAGCUGAGGACUGGAAGAAACGGGUGGCGACAGUGGAAGGACAGCUGGCAGCAGCUAAUAGGGCGGUUGGAGAAGGGAGGGAGGAGAGGGAGAGGAUGAGGCAGGAGAUGGAGGAGGGGAGGAGGAGGGCGGAUGAGCGAGAGAGGGAGUGUGCAGAGUUGAGAAAGGAGGUGGAGAGAGUGAGGGAGGGAGGGGAGAAGGAGGUGAAGAGAGUGAGUGGGGAGGUUGAGAAAGUGAAGGGGCAGCUUGAGGAGGCGAAGAGGAGGGUGGGAGAGGAGCAAGGGGAGAAGGUGAAGUGGAGGGGUAUGUAUGAGAAGGAGGUGGGGGAGGGGAAGAGGGAGGUGGAGAAGGUGGUUGGGGAGAGGGAGGGGCUAAGAGGGGAGGUGGAGAGGGAGAAGCAGCGGAGGCAGGCUGAAGUGGCGGCGAUUCAGAAGGAGAAGGGCGCAUUGGAGCAGCAGCUGCGAAAAGAGGCGUCGAAAGCAGCGGCGGAGGCGAGCGAGCUGAAAGUGAAGCUGGAGUCGCAAGCAGCACGGCUGGCAGCAAUGGAAAAGGCUCUGGUGGAGGCAAAGGCGAGAGAGAGGCAGGCUGAGGAGAGCAUGAGGGAGGCGAGCAGGACGGCUGGCAGCGCGAGCAAGAGCGUGCAGGCUGCUCGGGAGGCCAAGGCCACAGCAGAAGAAGCGACAGAGAAGAUGGAGCGCCAGCUGCGUCAGGCUGAGUCAGCACGGACCGCUGCUGAGCUGGCAACCCGGCGCGAGGCUGAGCUGGCACGCCAGGCUUGCAUUCGUGCUGACUCAGCAGCAAAAGAUCUCCAGAUGGCAAUGGAGGAGGCCCAGGUGGCACAGUCAGCAGCUGAGGUGGCAGGAAAGAGGGCGGAGGUUGCCGAAAGGAGAGCGAGGGAGCUUGAGAGGGAACUAGAGGGGUUGAGAUUGAGGGCAGCAGAAGGGGAGGAGGAGGGGAAGGGGAAGGUGGAAGGUAUGGUGAGGGAAAUCGAGGAGUUGAAAGGAGAGGUGGGAAGGAGGAAGGAGGAGGUUGGGGAAACGAUGGCAAUGCUGGCUGUGUGUGAGGUGGAGAGGGAGGGGUGGAGGAGGAAGGAGGGAGAAGCGAGGACUGAGAUGGAGCGGCUGAAAGGGGAGUUAGAGCGGUUGAGACAGGUGGUGGAGGGGAUGGGGGUGGAGAUGGGGGUGGUGAGGGGCGAGAGGGAGGAGAUGAAGGGGGUGGUGAGAGUGAGAGAGGAGGAGAUUUCGCGGCUAAGGGGGAUGCUGGAAGUGGCUAUGAGGGGGAAUCAGGAGAGGGAGAGGGAGAGGGGGAGAGGGGAGGGGAGGGGGGGUGCUGGGCAGGGCGAGGGAGCGGAGGAGAUGGAGGUGGAGGAGGGAGAGGAGGCGGGGAGGAAGAGGAAGAGGGCGAGACUGGGCACGGGUGUUGCUGGUGAAGGCGGGAUUGCAGGGGAGGGCGGUGCUGCUGGGGAAGGUGGGACUGGUGGAGAAGAAGGUGCGGCUGAGGCAGGGUUAACUGGUGCAGGUGGUACUGCUGGGGGUGGUGCAGGGGCAGGCGUGGAAGGGGCGGGUGAUAGUGCUGUGACAGGCGAUGCUGCAGGGACAGCAGCAGGGGGAGAAGGAGGCAAGCGGAGAGGCAGGGGGGCGAGCAAGAGGGCACCUGCUGCUCCUUCCGCUGGCGCUACUGCCGCUGGUGUUGCUGGUGCGUCAGGAGCAGCAGCGCCACCAGUCGGGGCAGCAGCAGCAGCAGGAGGAGGAGGAGUUGUGGUAGCACCGUCACCCGCAGCGUCAGGCAAUACAGGGUUUGAGUCAGCCCAGGCAACAGGGCAGGGCAGUGAAAUGGAUAUGGAUUCAGCCUCGUUCGGAGGGGCGUUUGGUGCUGGGGAGGGAAAGGAACGAGCUGAGGGGGACGAGGCGGAGAGUAGCAAAGGGGGGAGGGGGAGAGGGAGGGGUAGGAGGGGUGGAGGAGGGAGGAGGGGGAGAGGGAGGCCGGCAGCUGGGGUGGGUGCGGUGACGGCUGCUGAUGUGGCUGGGGAGUCUGAUGUGGCGAAGAGGCGGAGGGAGAUUGCGAUGAAGAUGACAAAGAGUGAGUUGAAAGACAGGUUGACGGACGAGGGGAGGGGGUUGGAUGUGCUUGAAAUGAGGACGCCCACAAAGGGGCAGCUGGUAGACUUGUUCGUUAAGUUUGUGCAAGAGUGA